AUGGGAUUUUUUGACCACCUCCAAAAAGGAGGGUCAUUUUCGUUGCAGCCGAAGAAGCCGCAGAUUCGCAAAGUCGUUCAGACGCGCCCCGCGGCCCCCUCGAGGUCUUCUUCGCAAACACCCAGCAGCGCGCAACCCCGCGCGUCAUCGACGGAUAAACAUCGACACUCUCGAUCGCAACGCCGUUCAGCCUCGAGGGAUUCGGAACCCCCAGCCUCGAAGCGACGGCUAGGAACGCCUCUGCGGAGUCGGAAGCGCCAAACUCCGGAACUCCGACUCUCGAGCGACGAUGAUGAUGAUGCGAGCGACACCGACGCCUCGUUUGAGGUGCGCAAACGCGCUCGGACGAGCGACAGCGCGGAACCGGACUUGGAGCGGCGGGUGCGAUCUUUGAAGGCUUUUACGGAAGAUGCGGUCAAAGCACUGCCGAUGGUACAUGCGGCUGAGAUCACUUCAGUGCAGAAGCCUGGGAAUUUUCAACCGGCGUUCGGGCGGACAGAACAGCCUACGGAGGUUCUCCUCCAGUAUCCGAGCGCCUCCCCGAAGGAGAGGUACCAGCUCAUGGUUCCUCGCGACAAAGACGACUUCAGGCCUCUCGACGACAUUUUCCACGUUAUCGAUAUCGUCUCCCAGAACUACCUUCCUGAUGACGAGAUCGACGUGUUCGACAACGAAUCCACCGGAAUCAAGAGGAGGAUGCGGCGCGCGAUGGCCCAGUCUUCUGAGGACGACUUUCGAGAAGUGGUGGCGGAUUACAACCGUACGAUUGAGCGCCUAAGGCGGGACGGCGUCAUCGCAAAGAAACUUGACGCCACUCACCGGUUGGAGUUGCCGCACGUGGAACGGAUCUUAACCCAGAUCUACUCCCGCACGGUCUCGCCGCGGGUUGAUACGCUCCGUCAGUACGAAAACGGGUCGGACAACGUCUACGGUGAACUGCUCCCCCGGUUCAUAAGCACGAUUUUCAAGGAAACCGGCCUGAAAUCGGGCCAGGUGUUCGUCGAUCUGGGAUCUGGCGUGGGCAAUGUCGUCCUCCAAGCGGCGUUGGAGAUAGGCUGCGAAAGCUGGGGCUGUGAGAUGAUGCAGAACGCCUGCGACCUGGCUGAUCUCCAGCAAAAUGAAUUCAAAGCGCGGUGUCGACUGUGGGGCAUCGCACCGGGCAAGACCCAUCUCGUCCGGGGCGACUUUCUGCAAGAACAGAGCAUCGUCGAUGUGUUGAAGCGUGCCGACGUGAUCCUCAUCAACAACCAGGCCUUUACACCCCAGCUCAACAACGAGCUGAUCAAUCAUUUCUUGGAUAUGAAAGAGGGCUGCAAGAUCGUAUCCCUCAAGUCGUUCGUCCCCGCCGGUCACAAGAUCCAAGCUCGGAAUCUCAACUCCCCCAUCAACCUGCUGAAGGUCAAGCAGAAGAAUUACUGGUCCAACAGCGUCAGUUGGACCGAUGUCGGUGGCACCUAUUUCAUCGCUACCAAAGACAGCUCCAGGCUGAAAGCUUUUGCGGACAGUAUGGGGUGA